GCACCCACGAGCGCGUGUAUCCCAGGCGCCAAUUGCAAAAAAAAAAAGAAUCAGCCAUUGUUAACGGACUCAUACUAACAUUAGAUAGGCCGGUUCCUCACUUAGCCUAUUUUGGACCGGCCUAGAGACUAGGAUGGACUUUGAGACGGUGUCCAAAGAAGAGGUGAACUUGCUGUAAUACAGUCAGGAGUUGUUGCCUUCAGGUACUUCCUUGUCAUGCCAGUAAGUACACGUCACCUUAUCUUUGUACUUCCUUUUGUGACAUGGAGCUUUUCAGAAAAGCACUUUAGCGUGAUUGCAGCCAAUUAUCAUGAACUGGCUUCGGAUUAGGUGGUACAAGAGAAAUCUCCUAGAGACGUACUUUCAGUUCAUGUUUGUCUUCUUGUUCUUCCCUUUACUACUUUGGGCACCAUUUCUGAACUUCAGGAAGUUCCCAGGAGAUCCAUCCAUGAAGUAUCCUUUCGAGCCGGACGAUCCUGACCAAAUAAAAGCUGGCUUUCUAAAGUACCCAUUUGCAGAACCUGAAGAGUACUCGUAGAAGAUGCAGAUCC